CGCAGGCGCAGUGAGCUCUCGCCCUGUGUCGGCUUGGACAGAAUCCAGCGGCAAAGUGGAUACCAUCAAGGGAAUUCCAGUAUCUUAGGACGGACCCCACGGGAGCAGUACUUGUACUGUAACGACACGGACCGAACAUGGACCAGACACAGUUGCAGCAGCAGCAGCAGCAGCAGGAGGCUGUCGUGCCGGACGGCCUGCCGGAGCCGGAGGUGGCCGCCGACGCGCCGGUCGUCUCCUACAACGAUCUGUUCCCGGCACUGCCCGACAGCGGCCCCGAGGCCGGCGGCCAGAUGCCAGGACAGACCAACCCUUGGGCGCAGCGCAUGCGCGUCGGCACGUCCAGCGUGACCCAGGUGUUCCACGUGCCAUCGGAGGAGCGCAAGACGGACAGGUUCGGGGAGGACAGCUCGAUGCGCGCGUGCGGCGAGAUCAUGCAGAAAACGGGCACUAACAUCGAGGCCUCGACCGGACGCGACCACAGUCUGACCUUCAUCAUCAGCGGCAAGCAGGAGCAGGUGCUGCGCGCCAAGCGACUCAUCCUGGAGAACUUCCAGACGCAGGUGACGCAAAGCAUCAGCAUCCCAAAGGAGCACCACCGGUUCAUCCUGGGCCGUGGCGGCCAGCGGCUGCGUGAGCUGGAGGCGCAGACGGCCACCAAGAUUCACGUGCCGGGCCAGGCCGACCCUAGCGACAAGGUGAACGUGACGGGUAUCAAGGACGGCAUCGAGAAGGCCGUCCACGAGUUGCAGUCUAUCAGCGACGAACAAUCGAAGCAGGCGUACGAGAAGCUGGAAGUGCCGAAGAAGUACCACCCGUUCAUCUGCGGCGCGCACAACGAGAACAUCAUCCGCAUGCAGACUGAGAACCCGGGCAUUCGGAUCAACGUGCCGCCGCUGUCGGUGAUGAAGGACGAGCUGACGGUGACGGGCGAGAAGGAGGGCGUGAUGAAGGCCAAGCAGCAGAUCCUGGCCAUCUAUCAGGAAAUGGAGCGCAAGUGCACCGGCUUCAGCGUCGAGGUGCGCAAGUCGCAGCACAAGUACCUGAUCGGGCCGCGCGGCAACGGCAUUGCCGAGAUCCUGCAGAAGACUGGCGUGUUCGUGGAGAUGCCGCCGUCCGACUCCACGUCCGAUACGAUCACGCUGCGCGGACCGCAGGACAAGCUGGGCGAGGCGCUGACCAUGGUCUACGAGAAGGCCAACAGCGUUAUGAUGACCGAGGUCAACUGCCCCGUGUGGUGCCACAAGUACAUCAUCGGCAAAAAGGGCGCCGAGAUCAGGCAGAUCACCGCCGACCUUCCCAAGGUGCACGUGGAAUUCGACACGGGCUCCAGCAAGGUCAAAAUUGAGGGGCCGAAGGAGGACGUGGAGAAGGCCCGCGAGCGCAUCGAAGCCAAGGCCAAGGAGCUGGAGGACAGCAUGUGUCAGGAGCAGAUUGACGUGCCCACCAAGUACCACAAGCACAUCAUUGGCAAGGCCGGCGCCAACAUCAACAGGAUCAAGUGUGAGUACAGCGUGUACGUGUCGAUUCCGGAGAACGAGUCCUCGACAACGGUGAAGAUCGAGGGCCCGAAGGAAGGCGUCAUGGGCGCGCGUGACGAGCUGCUCGAGAUGACGGCCAAGAUGGAGAACGAGAAGGAGCGCGACAUCAUCAUCGAGAACCGCUUCCACCGGCAGAUCAUCGGCUCCAAGGGCGAGACGAUCACGCAGAUCCGGCAGAAGUUCGAGCAGGUGCAGAUCGUGUUCCCACGCCAGGGCGAGAAGUCUGACGUGGUGAAGAUCCGUGGCCCCAGAGAUAUGGUGGACCAGUGUUACAAGCACCUGCAGAAGCUGGUCAAGGGCAUGCAGGAGGCCGGCUACCAGGAGCGUGUCUCCAUCUACAAACAGCACCACAAGUUCAUCAUCGGCAAGGGCGGCGCCAACAUCCGCAAGAUCCGCGACGAGACCAACACGCGCAUCGAUCUGCCGGACGAGUCGUCCGACAGCAGCGAGAUCGUCAUCACUGGCCGCAAGGAGGACGUGCUGGCGGCGCGCGACCGCAUCCAGAAGAUCCAGAACGAGCUCGACAACAUUGUGCAGCGCGACAUCAUGGUGCCGUGCAAGUUCCACAACAGCAUUAUCGGGCCGGGCGGCCGGCUCAUCCAGUCCAUCAUGGAGGAGUGCGGCGGCGUGCAGAUCAAGUUCCCGCCCUCCGAGAGCAAGUCGGACAAGGUGACGAUUCGCGGCCCCAAGGAUGACGUGCAGAAGGCGGAGACGAUUUUGGUCGACCUGGCCAACGAGAAAACGCUCAACGGCCAUACCGCCGACGUCCGCGCCAAGCACGAGCACCACCGUUUCCUCAUCGGCAAGAACGGCUCCAAGAUCGAGGCCCUGCGCGAGGAGACGGGAACGCGGAUCGUGUUCCCCAGCGAGAACGACAAGGACUGUGAGAUCAUCACCAUCAUGGGCAAGAAGGAGAACGUGGAGAGGGCCAAGGAGCAGCUGGAGAAGCUCAUCAGGGACCUGGACCUGACGGUGACGGCCGAGAUGAGCGUGGACCCGCGGCACCAUCGGCACUUCGUGGCGCGCCGUGCCGAGGUGCUGCGCGAGAUCAAGGCCCAGUACGGCGGCGUGGAGGUCAGCUUCCCGCGGCCGGGCACCGCCGGCCAGACGGUCACGCUCAAGGGCGCCAAGGACUGCGUGGAGGCGGCCCGCCACCGCAUCCAGGAGAUCGUCGAGGCGCUGGAAUCUCAGGUCACGAUCGAGGUCGAGAUCCCGCAGAAGCACCACGGCACGGUGAUGGGCGCGCGCGGCUCGCACGUUCAGCACGUGACGCAGCAGCACCAGGUGCAGAUCAAGUUCCCGGACCGGGCCGACCCGAACGCGGCGCCGCCCACCCAGAACGGCACGGAAGAGCCGGCGGCCGGGCCGCGCCGCUGUGACCUGAUCCGGGUCACCGGUCCGGAGGCCAACUGCCUGAAGGCGAAGGCGGCGCUGCUCGAGCUGGUGCCCGUCACCAUCGAGGUGGAGGUGCCGUUUGACUAUCACCGCUUCAUCAUCGGCCAGAAGGGCAAGGGCGUGCGCGAGAUGAUGAAGAACUUCGACGUCAACAUCUCGAUCCCGCCGGCCGAGGAGCAUUCCAGCGUCAUCCGCAUCACCGGAACGCCGAACAAGCUGGACGACGCCCGCGAGGGUCUGCUGCAGCGCGUCAAGGAGCUGGACGCCGAGAUGGCCGACCGCGAGCUGCGCUCGUUCACGCUCCAGAUGCGCGUCAACCCCGACUACCACCCCAAGAUCAUCGGCCGCAAGGGCGCCGUCAUCUCCAAGAUCCGCAUGGACCAUGAAGUCAACGUGCAGUUCCCGCCCAAGGACUCUGAAGAGCCCGACCUGAUCACCAUCACCGGGUACGAGGAGAAGGCUCGCGCUGCCGAGGAGGCCAUCCGCCAGAUCGUCGGCGACCUGGACCAGAUGACGCGCGAGGAGCUGCGCAUCGACCCGCGCGUGCACGCGCGCAUCAUCGGCGGCCGCGGCAAGAACAUCCGCGCCAUCAUGACGGAGUUCCAGGUGGACGUGCGCUUCCCGCGCGCCGAGGACGCCGAGGACGACCUGGUGGUGAUCACCGGCGCCGAGGAGGCCGUAUUCGAGUGCGUCGAGCGCCUGCGUAACCUGGAGGAGGAGUACAUGCAGGACGUGGCCGAGCGCGAGGAGAUGAACUCGCACGUGCACUCGCGCGACACCGGCUACAACGGCGAGACGGGCGGCGGCCAGCAGGAGAGGUCCGGGUUCGUGGUGAGCGGCGCGCCGUGGCAGCAGCAGCAGCAGCAGCAGCAGCAGGCCGCGGUGCUGCGCUCCAGCGCGCCUGACAUGGCCAGCGCCGAGGAGUUCCCCAGCUUCGGCGACACGGCCAGCAGCACGCCCGUCAUGUGGGGACCGUCGCGCCGCUAGCCGCCGCCGGCGCCCAGAUACGCACGGACGGAGAGACCGCUGCUGCCGCCGCUGCCCGACGGAUCGGCACCGCUGCUACGGAGAGGGCGAGAGAGAAAGAAGGGAAGAAAGAGAGAGCGCGAGCGAGCGAGAGAGAGGGAGAGAAAAGCCACAAGUGUCUUCCGGGUCCCCGCGGCCGGGCCGGCGCCCAGGGACUGGCGCGAGCGGGCCCGCCCGCGCCGCCAACAGAGCAGAUCGGCACGCCUAUUUUGAAACGAUUCCAGUUUAUUUAGGGUUUUUGGCCUUGGCAUGGUUGGUUGUUUUUAACCGGUGCAUGACAAGUGCACUUUUUGUUGAUAUUUUAGGGGACAUGGUAUUCAAGUGUGGCUGACAGACCACGACAAUAACGACGUUGGCGCCGUACGCUAUGCACGGAGGCGAUUUGACUUGAUCCCGAUUUUGUACAAAGGGGUGGUGUGUGUACGACACAAGUCAUAAUAAUAACGUCCCAGCGACAUGGCGGCGCUUGAUUGCCGUUCGGUACACAUAUAUUAUAUGUUACAUAUAUAAUGGUGAAAGUAUACGAAUAUAAAUUAUAAAAUACACCACCUUUGCCCCUGAGACGAAUGAACGACUCUCAUGAAUUCGAUUGCCGCCCAAGGCUAUUGCUUGCAGUUGCAGGCUUCUCACCUGCCUGAGCGGGUACGACAGCAUAUUUGUUACAGACGACAUGCUUGCGACCUGUCCAGUGUUGACGAAGACGACGACGACGACGACGACGGGGUAUGUGCUAUAGACGUAGCCGACAUGCCGGCGGGCGAUUUGCCGGUCCCGAACGUGGGCCCUGCGUGCCGGUUCGGACGUCCAACGCGCGAUUUUCAAAUAAACAGCGGAGUCGG